AUGUUCCACCGCGGAGCUAGGGGGCGACAACCGUUUGAAACCGCUCCCCUCGUUAAGUGUUAUAACUCGGCCAAACGAGGUCGUAGAGCGAUGAUAGAGAAGUCGCAGUGUGUUGUCAUUCUCACCACAACAGGCGGCGACCUGCUCCGGCUUCUGCAUCUGGCGUCUGCCUUCAAACAUUUGGCUCAGACCGUGGCAAAGUACCACUGUAAGUACCACUGUAAGUACCACUGUAAGUACCACCGUAAGUACCACAGUAAGUACCACCGUAAGUACCACCGUAAGUACCACCGUAAGUACCACCGUAAGUACCACCGUAAGUACCACCGUAAGUACCACUGUAAGUACCACCGUAAGUACCACCUACCACGUAAGUACCACCGUAAGUACCACCGUAAGUACCACCGUAAGUACCACCGUAAGUACCACCGUAAGUACCACCGUAAGUACCACCGUAAGUACCACCGUAAGUACCACCGUAAGUACCACCGUAAGUACCACCGUAAGUACCACCGUAAGUACCACCGUAAGUACCACCGUAAGUACCACUGUAAGUACCACCGUAAGUACCACUGUAAGUACCUAGAACUCAUCGACACUCCUGGCGUAAUUCCUGGAUUUGACUUGAGUGAAACAUUUGGGGUCAACAUAAAUAUUUCUAGUAUUUAUCGAGAUUGUGAAGAUAAUAAGCCAGCGUGGUCCACCUUUCAUUUGAAUCAGCAAAUAAAUCUUGAUGAUCUUCUCAAUGUAUCUAAAUACACAGAUGAAAUUAAGAAAUACUUUGAGAACACCAACAUCGACUUGGCCCCUGUCACUUUUCUCACUCCAGAAGUGAAGAACCAACUACAGAGAUUUUCCUCAAAGGCAAACGACAUUGAUUUAGAAGCUCCAGUGCAGCGGUUAAAUAAAAUUUCUAGAGUCAACUUGAACUCUACGGCUGACAAACUUGACCAACUGGCAAACACCACAAGCGGUAAAACGCAACAGGAACUGAAAAAUGAAACUCAGACCCUAAGAAAAAUCCAGGUUGAUAUCGAAACUGUUAUAUUUCCUCAAUUGGCAACAAUAAACUCAACAAUUGCAGAGCUAAAAACUUCAGUGGGAGGAAUAAAUGCCACUGUGGGGGAGGUGCUGAGCAGCGUGGGAGAAGCACAAGACUUUUUCGACAAUAAUGCAUCAGAGAUCGUUGUGAGCGAAAGUGUAAAGUUUUUUGACUGUCAGUUGGGACACUUCACGGCCUUUGCUGACUGGGCAAAAAUGACGAUCACGCAGGAGAUGGGCCGCUGUGGACCCGUGGCAGGAGCGAUGGACUCUGCUGAGCACAUCGUCUGCUCCAACAUAGUGGCGUCCCUGAAUGCCUUCUGGUUCAGCCUGGGAUGGUGUAUGAUCUUUCUCAUCCCAAGCAUCAUCUUAUCCAUCAAACUGGCCAAAUACUACAGGAGGAUGAAGUAUUCCGAUGUGUAUGAUGACAUAGACCUGAACUAUAUCCCCAGGGCUCAAAUGAAAUUCAACUGA